AUGCGAUCAUUGAAAACACGAGGUUUAUCAAAAGAAGUUGAUGUAUUUUUUGGAACUGAAAAUGGUGGUAAUGUGUUUCCUGGUGCAACUAGACCUUAUGGUAUGGUAAAAAUGGGAGUCGAUAUCAUUGGCUCAGCUAGUGGUAAUGCUUAUUCAGGUUACGCCAACGACGGAUUCAUCACUGGUAUUUCAAUGAUGCACGAAAGUGGUACUGGUGGUGCUCCGCAAUAUGGUGUUGUUGGUCAAUUACCUCUAGUUGGUGAUAUUGAUGUCGGAAUCGAUAACGCUCAACAGAGAUUUGCUAACAUCUCUGAUGAAGCUCAUGUUGGGUUAUACAAGACCCACUUGGCUAAUGGUGUCAAUGUUACUUUUGCUGCAGCUGAUAGAUCAGGUGUUUAUGAGUAUGACUUUCCAACUGGAUCAACCCCAAAUAUUGUCAUUAAUGCUACUCAUCAUCUAACCGCCCCUGCUAGACCUUGGUGGACUCAAUACUUUGUUAACGGCUCUGUUGAAGCUUCACAGGAUUUGAAAAGCUAUUCUGGUCAUAGUGCCAUCAGAGGUGGCUGGGGUGAACAGGGUCCAUGGACUAUUUAUUUUUAUGGUGAAUUCGAGACCGCUGCAGAUAGGGUCAUUUCAUUCUUGAAUACAACAUCCACAGAAGGCCCACUUGAUGUUUCUUCAGCUAACCAAGACGAAGCUGCUGGAUUGAUUUUUAGAUUUACUUCUGGUGCUAGUGUUAAAAGCAGAGUUGGUAUUUCAUUUAUUUCUGUUGAACAAGCUGAACAAAAUUUAAGAAAUGAUUUUGAAGGCCAUAAUUCAUAUGACGCUGCACAUGUUGCCCGUGAAACUCAAGACCUAUGGAAUGAUGAAGUAUUCAAUAAAGUUCAAGUCUCUAAUGAAAAUAGCACACUGGUUGAAUUGAUCUAUACUGCUUUAUAUGGAACCCAUCUUUUACCCUCUAAUCGUACUGGUGAGAAUCCAAAAUGGGACACCGGUGAACCUUAUUAUGAUGAUUGGUUCACAAUUUGGGAUACUUUUAGAAGUACUUUACCAUUGUUUAAUAUUUUACAAGUUGAAAGGGCAAGUGAAUUGGUUAGAAGUUUGAUUGAUAUCUAUAGACAUGAUGGUUAUAUGCCAGAUGGCAGAUCUGCAAAUCAAAAUGGUCGUACUCAAGGUGGUAGUAACUCUGAUAUUGUCCUUGGUGAUGCUUUUGUCAAAAAUAUUACUGGAAUCAAUUGGGAAGAUGGAUAUGCGGCAAUGGUUAAAAAUGCUGAAGUCACACCUCCAUAUUUUUAUGAUAGUUUCUCUUCAGAUGCAAGCACCAAAGAAGGUCGAGGCGGUCUAUCAGAUUGGAAAUCAUUGGGCUACAUUUCUAGAAACUUCAACCGUUCAGUCACCAGGACUGUUGAAUAUUCAUAUGAUGAUUUUGCGUUAUCGGUUGUUGCAGAAGGUCUAGGUCAUCUUGACGACCAUAAUAAAUAUCUAAAAAGAUCAACUGGAUGGCAACAUCUUUGGAAUUCCAACGCUACUGUCGCUAAUAAGGAUUAUCAAGGUUUCAUCCAACCUAAAAAUGGCGAUGGAAACUGGGCUACUAGUAACUAUAAUCCAGUAUCGUGUGGUGGUUGUUAUUGGAGUGAUGAUGAGUAUGAAGGUUCACCUGUUGAAUACGGCUGGGCUGUUCCACAUGAUGUGUCAACGUUGAUUAAGUUCAUUGGAGAUAAUGAAACCGUCAUAAAGCGUCUUGAUGACAUGUUUAAAUUAUAUGGUGAAGGUUAUGCUGACAUUGGAAAUGAACCAAGUUUUUUGACACCAUAUCUUUACAAUUUUGUCAAUGCUCAACAUAGAACAACUGAAACAUUGAGAUAUAUUGUUAACAAUAAAUUUUCAAUUGGGCCAAAAGCUUUACCAGGAAAUUCAGAUGCUGGUGCUAUGCAGAGUUGGUUGUUCUUUGCCUUGAUCGGGAUUUAUCCUAUUUCCUCAACCACAACAUAUCUAUUGAGUGCACCAUUCUUUGAAAAGAUCACAAUGACAGUUGGAAAUGGUAAACAAUUGGAAAUUUUCACGGAAAAUUUAUCUCAAGAGAACUAUCAUGUUCAAAGUGUGGAAGUAAAUGGUGAAGCUUGGAACAAAAAUUGGGUCACACAUGAUGAUAUUAUCACUAAUGGUGGAUCAAUAAAAUUUGUCCUAGGAAGUGAGCCAGUUCAAUGGGAGACUGGUCCAGAGCCACCAAGUCCUGGCCAUUAUGAUUUGGGAUUGAUUUGAAUCAGUGCUGCAGGUUUGUCACAAUCUUUAUAUUCAAGUGUGGAUCUCUUUAUUCUUCGCAAUAACAUUUAGAUUUCCUUUGUAGAAAAGUUUGGUUUGUAAUGUUAGAAAUAGACACAAUUGUCUGUCACUUGACUCUCUAUAGUCUGUAGAGCAUUAAGUUAUCAAGCUUUUCUGGAACGGCUUGAGUUGAUACAUGGAACGUUUGUUCCUAAUUCGGAUAAUUAAUAACCUCUGCCAUUUUCAUCUGGUCACUCGACUUCCGCAUUGGGAAAGCAAUGUUUACAAAAACGUCAUGUUUGAAGCGUUAAGAGCCACACAAAUCUGCGGUGUUUGGGUUUUACUGUCUCCAAGGCAAUUUCAUUUUUGGUGGUAAAAAAAAGUCAUAUAUAGAAGGAUGCUGCUUGAACAUGAAACACUAAUAUACUUUAAUAACG